AUGACUCCUGGAGAAACCAUUUCUGUGAGUUCCGCCAGUAUCAAAGGUGCCAUGGCCUUUGAAGUUUCAGAACUAGAGGCGAUGGAAAUUGCUUCUUCCGAAGCUUCAUGUUCUCUUACCUUCUACGAAGAGCUGGUUAACAGAAAUAGAGAUCAGUCUGUCUCUGACUACAUUGUAAUGUUCUUCUGGUUUGUUACUGCUGGUGAAGUACGAACUCGUGCAGAGUUCUUCAAACCUUUUAUAACAGGAUUAUCAAACUCAACGGUUGAUCAGGUUUGUGCACACUUUAUAAAAUAUUCUAUAGAAAGCUUUGAAUCCCCCAUGAUGCUUUUUUUUAUCGUAGUUCUGCAAGACAUCGAUUAGGUUUGGAAUUAAAUGGAAUUUAGUGUUAUGGUUUGUGUUAGUUGCGGUGAAGUGAUUGACAUUAGUUUGAGUUGCG